AUGUUUCAAAUGUAUUGCAAGCGCUGAAACUCAACUGAAAUAAAUAUUGACAAUACAAAAAUUCAUAUUCUCAAAUAUCAAAAAUCAAUUGCUGCUGAUGAAGUCGUCAACAGGAAAUUGAAACAGUAGUAGCCCACAUAAAAUCGGCAACAACAAAUCAAGGAGAGAAGUGAAGACUUAAAAAACAACAAUAAAGAAAUCCAAGCGAUAAAGUAUCUCAAAAUCUAAAACAAAUAAAAAUGUUCGACACAAAAUGGUUACCUGCGGCAUGUGGCAGUUUAGCGCCAGCACUCAUCCCCCCCGCACACAUCGCGGUGCUUUGGUAUUUCUGGGAAAAUUAUGCACGCUAUGUCGACAAAAAUUUUUGUACGUGCUCAUGUUGGGACACCGUUUUCAAAGGACCCUACGAGUCGGGAGUGGCUUCAUACAAACAUUUUUACUUUAACGCGACACAAAAUUCAUUUAAAAUGUGGAUGCUGACGGUAUUCGCUGUAAUCGCGCUCUAUGAAUGCAUCAAACGUUUAAUUGCAUUGAUAAUGCAGCAACGUAUCCGCUACUCGAUGUUGUUGUUGUUCUCGCUAUCGAUAUUCUCACAUUACUAUGCAUGGUGGGCGUACAUCAACUACUAUAAUGACGACUACUAUCUGCAAUGGAACCAUCAGUUAUUCUUUACGAUAACCGAACUGAUAUCAUCAAUUUUAGUAAUGCAUUUGGCUAAUUCAACGAAUACAGUUACAUCGAAGAAAAUAUUUUGCAUUGUUGGCAUUGCCAUACUGCACAUUACCGCCAGUAGCUUCGAUCAAUUUUUCAUGAAUGUCCUACGCGGUGAAGGAUAUGCACAUCAAAUUGUACGUGACAUUGGCUUUAUGGUGCCAGACAUACUACAGCUGGUUAUACCAUUGUGGCUAUUUCGACAGACACGCAAAGAAUCCUACACAACACGACCUUUCUAUCAGGAUCGCAGUCUGCACAAGGAUAUUGUGGCUAUGUGCUUCUUCGUCCUUACAUUGUUCGUAGUCUGUACGAUUUUGUGAGAGCGAAUUUUUCAAUAUCUGCAACAAACGAAACACUUGAAUGACAAUGCAAGUUUUAUGCACAAUAAAAAUAACAAUAAUCACAACUACAAUAAAGGAAACGAAGUAUUUAGUAUGAUGCAUGUAAAUAAAGGAUAUAAAACGUGGUAUGAACGUUUAAAGAAAUUAAAUGUUUAAGCAGUGCAAUGGGAGUGAAUGCAUGCGUGUGUUUGUGUGAAUGUGUGUACCUUCAAAGCAAAUCUGUUUGUUGGUGACGCAUGGCGUAUGAGUGAUUUUUUCUUAUUUAAAAUUGUGUGCUUCAGUUUUUGACGGUUGG